AUGAUGAAAAACAUUAAGUUAAAAAAUCCAAAAAUUGAACCUCCAAAACUUAGGGAGUAUCAACCUAGAAUUCCACUUCCAUAAGCUUUAAAAAUUCCUAAUGGAAAACAAACCACAUCUGAUGAGCAUAUUAUGGAAGUUUUUAAGAAAGUCACUAUCACCAUUCCUUUGGUUGAUGCCAUUCAAAAUAUUCCUUCUUAUGCAAAAAUUGUGAAAACUCUCUACACCCCAACUAGGAGUAACAAGAAGGAAAGAGUUUAACUUUUUGAAUCCAUUAGUUCCGUUAUUUUGAAUGAAAUACCUAGAAAGAAAAAAGAUCCAGGUGCUCCUUUAGUGUAAGUGGACAUUGGAGGAAUGAUUUUUUCUAGAUCAAUAUUAGAUACUAGAGCUAGUGUAAAUAUUAUUCCUAAGGUUCUUUAUAAAAAAAAUUAGAUUGUGGAUUUAGAAGAAAGUUUGAUUGAAUUACAAUUAGCUGAUGGAUCUACUAAAAAACCCUAUGGUAGAGUGAAUGAUAUAUCAGUCAAAGUUGAAGGUUUAGAAUUUCUAGUCGAUUUUAUCAUUACUGACAUGAAGGUUAUAGAAAAUCUUAAUCAUGCACCUAUUAUACUAGGGAGACCUUUCUUGACCACAGCUAGCGUAGCAACAAAUUUUAAAAAGGAAACCAUCUCACUUAGUGUUGGGCAGAAAAAAGUAGAAAUUGACAUGAAUAAGGUCAUGAAAUGUCCAGAAGUUCUAGUGAGGAUGUCUACUUAG